GAAGAGCAUGACAUUGAUGCCCCAGGAGAGCAGAAACAGCCAGGCUGGGCCUCUGCACAAGAAGAAACCUCCCAAACUCCCCAAUGGCUUAAAUCUGGAGUCUUGUCCGAACAACCACCACCUGCACCAGUCAUCCGACCAGGAGAACAAUCCGCGUCUAGCGCACACACAGGGGAAGAGGAAGAGGAAACAUCUGAAGAAGAAGCGCAAAAUGCUGAAGCCUGGGCAGGACAACUGCAAGGAGAGCGACAGCGAAGGCGUGAGCGGCAAGUCGAAGCCUUCGAUCAGGAGCAGCUCCAGAGACAGAGUGACAGAUUGUGACACUGAGAGUGACCAGGAAGACAAGGUUUCCGAUGCCAGUUCAGAGAAAUUUUUCCGCACAGCAGCAGUUAAAGGUCCUGAUUUUGGCAUCAAUGCAGUCUCCACCAAUGGCAGCCGGGAGCCUCACGGCCCGGGCCUCCUCCAGGUGUCAGGCCUAGAGAGGAGCCAGGAAAGGAGCCAGGAGAGCUGCAAGGACCCGCAGCCUCCUGAAUCCAGCACCUUGAAUCCAGCUCUUCCCUCGCCACAGCCUGAGGGAACAGUCUUCCAGGCCCAAUCCCCUCCACAGACCCUGACAAACGGCUCGGACCAGGCUCCGGCUCCAACCCGCUCACUUCCACGCUCGGAGGCUCUCCCCACGCCUCGGACACCUGCAGCUCUGCCUCUCGCCCAGGGCCAGGAGACCUCACCGCCCCCUCUUCCCCGGCCCCAGUUACAGCCUGAACACCCUACCCACACUAGGCAUCAGCCCACCCCAAACCUUCACCCACACCCUCCAUCUCCUGCCCUUCCGACCCACCACCCUCACCAGCAGCACCCUAAUCAGACGGGGCCUCAUCGGCCCCCAUCGCGCUGCAACCCCAGGCCCCUUUCUGCCUACAACGGCCUCAACGGCCACAGCAGCAGCAGGAGCAGCACCCCAGGCACCAAGCUGCACGGAUCCUCUGCUUCCUCCUUGCACCUUCCCAACCAGCCGCCUGCUCCGGCGGCAGCUGCAUUCCCUCUGCCUCUGGCUGCCAACCAGAGCGCCCCCCACGGCUUCCCGUCUGCACUGCAGCCCUCGCCACAUCCUCACCACCCCAAUAUGUUUGCGACUCCAGCAGCAUUGCCCCCACCACCGCCACUGACAUCUAGCACCCUGCCGGUACCUGGACAUCCUGCUGCUGGGAGUGCCUAUUCAGAACAAGACAUUCUCCGUCAGGAGCUGAACACGCGAUUCCUGGCCUCCCAGAGCGCAGACCGCGGCGCCUCGCUGGGCCCUCCCCCCUACCUGCGAACAGAGUUCCACCAGCACCAACAUCAGCAUCAGCACCAACACACCCACCAGCACACGCACCAGCACACGUUCACGCCCUUCCCCCACGCCAUCAUGCCCACCCCAGCACCGCCCAUGUUUGACAAAUACCCAACAAAAGUCGAUCCCUUCUACAGGCACAGUCUUUUCCACUCAUACCCUCCAGCCAUGUCCGGCCUCCCACCUGUCAUUCCCCCUACUGGACCCUUCAGCUCCCUGCAGGGUGCCUUCCAACCCAAGACGUCUAAUCCAUUGGAUGUUUCCACCAGACCUGGGGCGGUCCCUCACACAUUCUUACAAAAGGACCCCAGGCUGACGGAUCCAUUUCGUCCUAUUCUAAGGAAACCUGGGAAGUGGUGCGCCAUGCACGUCCAUAUUGCCUGGCAGACAUACCACCACCAACAGAAAGUAAAGCAGCAGAUGCAGGUUGACCCUCACAAGCUAGACUUCGGCCUCAAGCCCGAGUUCCUGAGUCGACAUCCGGGGCCCAGCCUGUUCGGCGCCAUCCAUUACCCAAGUGACUUGGCACGGCCUGCUACGCUCUUCUCUGCUGCAGGUCCUACCCACCCGUCAGCCGCCCCGUUCGGCCACCCACCCCCUCACCCUGGAAACUUCCUCACCCCAGCAUCACACUUAGAGCCUUUCAACAGGCCGUCAUCAUUUGGAGGACUGGGAUCUCUCAGUUCAUCUGCAUUUGGGGGGCUAGGAAAUCCAGCACUAACGGCCAACUCUGUGUUCGGCCAUAAGGACGGCCCCAACGCACAGCAGCACUUAAACAGCAGCGGGAACAGCAGCCACCAGGAGCCGUGGAAUCGCCUUCACCGCACGCCGCCCUCGUUUCCCACGCCGCCCCCCUGGCUGAAACCCGGAGACUCCGAGAGGAGCGCCUCGGUCAGCUCACACGAGAGGGAUCGGGACUCGGAUAAACGGGACUCAGUCGGCAAAGACGACAAAGACAGGGAUUCUGUAGAAAAGCGUCAACAGAGCCAUCCAUCCCCAGUCCCCGUCCAUCCAAUCAACCUCCUGGGCCACAACCGUCCCCCCGAGCAUCACAGGAACCAUCUGCCUCCUGCUUCUGGAGACCCUCAGAGGGACAAGGAAGCAAAGGCCAAAGAAAAAGAGAGGGAGCACCAAGAGUCUUGGAAGGACAACACAGAUGACCACAAGCUGAAAGAAAGCCAGCACGGCGACAAGGACGCCCCCGUCAUCCAUGAUGGCCGAGCGCCAGAGGAAAAGGUGCCCAGCAGGGGAACGACGUCGCCUUACGUCCGGCAGAACAGCUUGGAGCGUCCGAACGGUGGUCUGAGUCGGGAGGCCCUGGAGAAGAAGGCAGAGCUGUCAUAUGAGCAGCAGAAGAAGAACAGUGAAGUAAAAGUGAAGGAGGAGAGGAAGGAGGAGCAGGACGGGGUAACGGACAGGAUCGGUGAACCCCCUUCACGGGCGUCCUCCACCCCGACGCUGCACCCACCCUCUUCGGUGUCUGUUCCCAUGGGCAUGGCAGGUGUCCACCCCAUCAACAGCAUCAGCAGUCUAGAGAGAACUCGUGUUGUGGCCCCCUUCAUGGGUGCAAGCCCCCUCCCUGGAGCCGAGAGGUUUCCCUAUCCAGCUUUUCACUGGGACCCAAUGAGGGACCCCUACAGGGGCCUAGACAUCCACAGGAGGGACCCCUUAGCCAGAGACCUGCUGCUAAGGAACGACCCCCUACACCGGCUGGCGGUUCCGCGCCUCUACGAGGCCGAGCGCUCCUACAGGGACCGCGAACCUCAUGACUUUAACCGUGACCAUGCCCACUCUUUGGCGCUGGAGCAGAGAAGGGAGCAGGAGCGCGCGCAGCUGGAGGAGCGAGACCGCCUCAACAUGCUCAGAGAGGACUACGAGCACGGGCGUCUCCAUCCCCCAAUGCACCACCCCGUCCUCGACGGACACCUUCCCCACCCUGCCCCGGGCCUCAUGGCCCCUGGACUGCCGGGCAUGCACUACUCCAGGGUGAGCCCCUCGGCUGCAGCGGCCGCCGCCGCCGCGGCGCACCAGAGCAGCAUCUUAAACAAAACCCCACCCACCGCCUCACUGAGCGCCCCGCCCCCUCUCAUCCCCACAUUGGGCGCCCGGCCCGGGUCACCCAGACGGACUACUCCCCUGGCCACAGAUAUCAGGGACAGACCGACUCACAAAGACAUCGAGGCACGAUGAGCGGCGUCCUGUCCCUCCAUCCCCGUGCCUCACCGUCACUAAACUCACACCCAGCACUUAGCUUCGGACAGAGCGAGACUGUAACAUAGCUGUGAAUAAUUUAUGUGGGCAGAGACGUGUCUGCAGGUCUUUUUUGUACAAAACUUUAACAAAAAGAACAUUUGUUUCUUUUAUUUUUUUUAUAGUUUGCUCCAUGGUUCUGUGUGCAUUCUUGAUCCUGUUUAGCAAAGUGAUGUGGAGUCAGACUAAACCUUGGAAUGUACAGCUCCUUUAGCACUGACAGUCAUGUAUAUAACGUGUACAGUCGCUGUGCUCACCCUGUAUGGAUCGAAAAUCAUGGUACAAAUAUGCAAAAGAGUGUUUCGAAAGCUUUACUUUGAUUAAAUGUAAAUAUAGGAGUAUUAUGGCUUUGAUUCAGAAUGUGCUUUUUGCUAUUUUUCUGUUUAGUUUUGUUGGGUUUUUUUUUAGCAUGUUCCAGAGAUCCCACAUACAACUAUGCAACAAAUGUCUGGGCUCCUGUUCUGAAAGCUGGCCUUCUCAGCACGGCUGACUGUGCAUCAAUUAAAGGAAAAAAACAUGGCUGGAAAGACAAGCUUUAACCGGUUCAGAUUAAA